AUGGGCUCUAUCGACACCAGCACCGACACCAAAACCUCACCUGAUAUUCAAUUUGCCUCCCACACGCCUGAAUCCACCCUAAUCACGGCGCAGAAGCACCUGGAGGAGCAUGGCUGGGCCGUGAUCCCAGACGUGCUCUCGCCGGAAGAAAACGCCCUCGUGCUCUCGCACCUGUGGGCGGCGGCGGAGAAGUUCCGCAAGCAGGGCGACGACACGUUCAUGCCGACCCUCGACCCGAAUGCCUCCAAUAUCCGCGUCUUCUACCUGAUGGCGCUGGACAAGAUCUUCCGCGACCUAAUCCAGCACCCCGUCGCGGUACAGAUGGUGGAGAAGGCGCUGGGCGACAACUGGCUGAUCAGCAACUUCACGGCCAACAUCGCGCGGCCGGGGUCCAAGAGCAUGGCCCUGCACAGCGAUCAGUCACUCGUGAUGCCAGAGCCGUGGCUGAACACGUGGGCGAUGAACGUGAUCUGGUGCCUGGAGGACGUGUAUCUGGAGAACGGGGCGACGCUGUACAUCCCCGGCAGCAACAAAUGGACGACGCGCGAAGACAUCCCCAAAAACGCCCGCUCGUUGCUGAAGCCCUUCGAGGCCAAGGCUGGCAGCAUCGUGCUCAUGAACGGGCGCGUCUGGCACACGUCCGGGUCCAACGUAACGAAGGACAAGGACCGGGCGCUGCUCUUCGGGUAUUACACCGUGCCGUUCCUACGGCAGCAGGUCAAUUGGUCGGCCAAGAUGCCCGAGGAGGUCAAGAAGGAGCUGUCUCCCGAGCUGACGGAGAAGUUGGGCAUGAACGUGCACGCCAACAUGGCGCAGGUGUCCCUGUUGAAGUACCUGGACGAGGUGUUUCCCCCGGAAGACAAGGAGGGUGGGGAGAAGUUGAGUUAUUGA